AUGCGCGAGAUCGAAUUCGGACUUUGGGCGAAUGAACAAACCCUCUUUGCUUCUAUUUUCAUGAUUGUUGGUGCCAUAAUCGCUGUUGCAGGGCUUUUCCCUCGAUGGCCUUUCGCGCUUGUCGGCGGCAUUUUGUGCCUUUUGGUCAGCUUCGUCGAAUGGUCCCGUCCAGCGAGAAAAAGAGGCCGGGUUCAAGAACGCCCUUUGCACAAAAACGUCACUCAAAUUGUUUCCAAGCUGGGUCCAGUCGCCACGUCCUAUUACUUUCGAUUCGCGAUCUAUUUGCUCAUUGCUGGUGUUUCUAGUCCAUCUCUGCCCACUCUACUGCCGGCUGUUUGCUUGGCUUUAGGCUCACUAACAUACUUUGUCGCCGCGUACCGUGGCGAGUUCUGGCGGCCGAUCCUCCAGCCCAGCGCAAAGACGCGAAAAACGCAGCAGAGUCAAGUGAAAAUGCCGAAUAGGCCUCCUCCCCGCCGCUCAGAACAAUUUAAUCAAAUUUAG